AUACAUUUUGAGAACUGUUCGUGGUACUAAAAUGAAAAGUUUAUAAUAAAAUUUACUGAGUAGCCGUUGAGUAAGCAAUCAAAUCAAAUUGACAAAAAUUAAAAAAAAAAAAAAAAACUACAAAAUGUGGAACUCGUGGGCAACCCUGGGAUCUUUGGUGGUGCCUUGUUCAACAAUGGAGUUACCUGGUCUCCCACAACCCCUAGAUGAUGAUAAUCCUUCUCCUGCCAAGCAGCAGAAAAUGUCAAAAUCUGUGGAGGAUUUCUCUUUGCCCCCGGACAUGGGAAGGGCAUAUGCAGCAGAGGCUGCCCGCUUGCAGGCAAUGCAAACGAAAAUCCAGCCCUAUCAACCUGCGGUGCGCCAUUUGCCGGGCCAGUGUCCACCGGAGCCGGAGAACGAACGCCGGAUGUACGUUCCAAGCUUGAGUCAGUCGCUGACACGCCGUGACAUCUUCACCUACUUCUGCGCCUAUGGGGAUCUGGAGCGGGUUUGUGUGAAGAAUAGCGUGGAUUCGCUCAACUACGCCAUAGUGAUCUUCUGCCGAACCACAUCCUUGCACUUGGCCAUCGCAGCCAAUCCGCAUUCGAUCAAGGGCUAUCGCUUGCUUUGCCGGAAGGCCGCCGUAAAGAGUCCCGGCAUGGCUACACGGCAGACGGUACGAACAGUUCGGGGGGACAAUCCUAUACAUCCGACUUUAGAAAAAGUGCUCAUGAAACAGCCAGGGAAAUCGAAUUUAGACGAUCCAAAAAAGACCUUAAGAGCCACGCCAUCGAGGCUGGGGGAUUUGAGUACAAAACUAAAACAGAAGCAACUGGCAUCGACAAAGUCGGUUGUUUCCCAAAAGGGCGAACAAACCUUUGUGUAUGCGGCUGUGGCAGAACGCUCUUCCCGAUGGAACUUUAACCUGGCUAGAAGUUACACCACCCUAGAAGAAAAGGAGGCUUUGAAGGAGGGACAUCCAAGUGCUGCCAAAAAACUGCUGGAAGCGCGGUCUCGAAAGAGUCAGACUACCUCGACUAGGCCCAUUCAUUUUAAGAAGCCCACAACUCCUGUGAAAACUCAAGAACAUCGAAAUUAUCCUUCGAUUCCAGAAUCUAUUCAAAACAGUCCAAGUGUUUCUGCUUUACAAACUCCGUCCAGUUCUCGUCAGCCGAUUUUAUCUUCUCAGGAGGAUGGCGUUUCAAUUUUAGAACCUGAUCCUGUUCCUGAACGUACUCCUGAACCGAUUGGUUCUAUACCCAAUGGAAACGCUGUUCCUAUCUUGCCACCUCCACUUAAUCUAGAAUUUCCUAUGCCAAAUCCCAAGAAUCUAAUAGGGAUCUCUGAAAACUCCUAUUUCGGCCCGGACUUUAGGUACGAGCAUCACUGCUAUACCAAUGUUGUUGCCUAUCAAAAGACCAAGUUAUAUAUCGAUUUAGAGCCUGGCGAAUGGACAAAGCGCAAAACCAUUAAGGAAUUCAUUGAUGAAAAAUAUGGGCAGGAUAAUAAAAGAAUUUAAUCAUUUUAAAUCCGUUAAACUAUUAAUCUUAGUUAUUAUAUUUUAAAGACUUUUGCGUAUUGUUCACUUAAUCAAUAAAAAACUUAAUCAAUAAAAAA